AUGCAAAAUGAGGGAGUGAGGUUCAACGCAGUGACAAUCUCGAGCGUGUUGACAGCUUGCAGGGACAUCAAACAGGCUCGAGAGCUGGAAAGGCUGGCAACAGUGGCUGGUUUUGGGGGCGAGGAGAGAAUCCUUCGGAGCCUCAUCCACUCGUAUGGAGAGUGUGGGAGCGUGGACGAUGCUCGAGAGGUUUUUGACGCCAUGGAAGCUGCUGGAGACCUUGUCUCUUGCACGGCUUUGAUGGGAGCGUAUGCUCAAAACGGGAAUGGCAUGGAAGCUCUGAGACUGUUCGAGAAGAUGAGCUUGGAAGGCGUCAAGCUCGACAAGAUCAGCUUUGUGAGCAUCAUAAAAGAAAAAUGGACAUUCGACCAGAUUCGGGAGCCAGACAUUGUUGCAAAAACUACAUUGAUGCACGCAUGCGCUUGUGCUAGAGACUUGCGGCGAGGUAAGCUCUGUCACGAGCUCUUGAUGCAAACUGGUUUCGACACUGACUUGACUUUGCAGAACACUCUCCUGAGCAUGUAUGGGAAGUGUGGAAUGCUUGACGAGCUGCACGACAUGUUCUGCAUUAUAGAAGCUCCAGACGCUGUCUCCUACAACUCGAUCAUCUCGGCUCUUGGUCACAACUCCCAGCCAAGGCAAGCUCUCUUUUUCUUUCGGUGCAUGCUGCUUGAUGGCAAUCUACCAAGUCUAAUCACAUUCAUCUCUGUCGCUCACGCUUGCGGGUGUAUAGGCGACCCUAGGCCAGCUGUGGCUCUCUGUUCGCUGAUUCAAGAGUGUAGCAGAGUCACGACUAGCGAUUCAGUUUUGAGAUCGGCUAUAGUUGCGAUGCAUGGAAGAUGUGGAGAUGUGGAAGCAGCAAGGGAGGCUUAUGAAUCUUACGCAAAGGAUGAGCUAAGCUGCACGUCAAUGGUUGCUGCGGUGAGGGUAUUGUUGGAAGGCGAGGGCGGCGGCGUUGGGGAGCUAGAGAUCGAUCAAUCCCAAGAUCUAGCCUACAUUCCAGGUGUCCAGAUGGUGAUGUGCAGAGCCGCCUCAGCCAAGGAAGACAUCGACGCAUUUAGCGAUGCACAUGAAUGGGAGUGUCUCGAGGAUGGAGAUGACAAGCCAUAUGUAUGCAAGCUCGAGAACGUCCUUGCUCACCCCCUGGAUGGAGUUUGUGAUCAGCAGUUUUUCAAUAAGGCAGCUCUGAAUCAGCAUAGGAUCAGAAUUCACAACCGUGAAAUCGAUUUAGAAAAUCAGGUGCAUAAUGAAGUGCUGCCACGCAGACUGGAGAACCAGAAGCUCAAGCUUCUGAACAUGAAGUAUAGCCACAUCAAGGACGAAGAGAGCCGGAAAAUAAAAAUCCUACAAGAUAUUAAAACGUGGAAAAAACACUACACAGAAUUGAUGUUGGCGAAUGACAACAAGAAGCAGGAUAGACGAUACGUGCUGCUCAACAUGAGCAGGAGCUGGUAA